ACCGAAGAUAACUUCGGGUAUCAGUCGGGAAGGAACUUGAGCGGAAAGAUGGCGCGGAUUUGGGACGAGGUUGUGGACUACAGGCAAACUGCUGAGUUUUGCCGAUUGCUUGGAGUCAGGGAGGAUGCAGAUUUUGAGGACAUUACAAAGGCUUACAGACAAAAGGCAUUGAAGUGUCAUCCAGACAAGAAUCCAGAUGAUCCUCAAGCAACAGCCAAAUUUCAGGAGCUCAGCAAAGCAUACCAACAUUUGCGGGACUUGAAGAAAGAACAGGAUGAAGAUUUUCAGAGUGAAGAGGCAUGGGAAUAUUUUGAUGAAGAGGAUGAUCCAGAAAGUUUUGCAGAGUUUUUAUUCUUUUUGGUUCUGAGAGACCUGUACAGAAAUGGGUAUCAACCUUCAGAAAGAGACGAGUAUCGCUUCUUCACACGCUUGAACAAGAAAUUCAGGCGAUACAGAACUGAGGAUGAGGACUUCACAGAAGAGGAGCUGCAAAGACUUCAUUGCAACAAGGACUACAUUAAAGAUAAGGCCCCAGGAAAGAAGAAGAGGGGAAAGAAGAAGGUGCAGCAGGACAAACCUCCCCAAAAUGUCCAGCAGAAUCGUCCAAAGAAAACAAAAAAGCAGCUGAAAGCAGAACAGUACAGAAGAGAGCAGGAAAUCAAGCAGUUGGCUGAGGAGAUUGAGAAAAGGAAAGCAGAAGAGCUGGAACGUCAGAAGAAACAGAAGGAGAAGGAAAAAUCUACUUCCCUAAGGUCUGAAGCAGACAAACUGUACAGUGACUUAUCCUGUGCAGAGACAAAGGUAGAUAGGAGACCUCAGCCAAGUAUGCCAGAGGCAAAUGCAGAGUUUGAGUUGACUGUGGAUGAACCACAUGGUAGUGUUCAUGAAGGAGAAAAGGAGGCGCGGAUAAGCCCACGGGAGCUGAGGAAGCAAAAGAAAGAGCGAAAGAAGCAAGAAAGAGAAGCACAGUUGAAGAUGAGGAUGAAGACAGCCCUAAACAUUCCAGAUGCAAAGAGUCCAAAGGGUACUCCCAGCACUGCAGACCAGUGCACUAUAGAAGAUCUGCAGGACGAAGCCUCCAGUGUGAUUGACACAGAUGUACGGAGGGCAAAGUUAGAGGCAUUCAAAGCAAAGUGUCUGGCCACUAAAGCACAGAAGGAGCAAGAUGUUCAGCUACCCAAGCAGGUAGUUCCUGAAGAUACACGACCAACUGAUGAGUCAAAACCCUCAUCACAUGCUGAUGUAAGUCACCCAUCUGCAACUGGUCAAGGCUUCAGGGCACCAAAACCUCAGGUCUGUGAUAAAGCACUGCUUGAGAGGCAUAUGCAACAGUAUCAUGAGCUGAUGAAGCAACAACCAAGGAGCCAUACACAGAUUCAACUGAGUGUAGAGAGACAGCCAGAGUUGACACACACGUGGACAAAUCAGCAGAAAAAGGGCCAACACAACCAUGAGGAAUGGCAGGAGUUACGACGUGUGAUGUUACAGCGGGAAAAGGAGCGGGAACAACAGCGGAACAGACAGGAGCAGGAGACACUGAGGCGAGAGAAGACAUUGCCACAUGGUGCAGCCAAGGAGUGGCCUGAUCCCUCUGUCAACACUGAUGCAACACAAGAGCAGUGGGAGGAUGCAGGAGCCUCCUCAGGACAGGCAGCAUCCGGCAUGGCCAGUGGGUACAAUCAUUCCAGUCAGCCACUAGGGGAAAGGUGUCAAUCUGAAGGCAGUAGAAUGGUGCAUGAGGAGGUGUGGGAGGAGUCAGGGUGGGAGGACUGUGUACAGCAUCAGGCCCCACCAGCAGCUCAGGCCUGGAGGAACACCAAACCUGCCCCUCCCCCUGCAGUCAACCGCUGGCAAGAGAGACUGGAGUUGAUGUCCCUGUGCCCCAGAACUGAGCAGGAUGAAGAGGAGAUGUUAAGGAAAGCCAUAGAGCUGAGUCAGCAGCAGGCUGUAGAGGACGAGCACCGCAGGCAGGUGAAGUUUGAGAAGAUGAUUGAAGAACAGAAGAGGAAAUAUAACGUGUUUCCCUCCAACAGUGCACAGUCCAGGAGGGCUGAACCUUACUACAACGGGGCCAGUGAUGAGGACUUCCCUCCAAUAAGUAAUGGAGCAUCUACGGUUGUUAGACAGGCUGGAACAAGCUUUGCAACUUGUCUCAGACAGUCAAAGACAGAAUGCCAAGAACAUCUGCCAAGGUCCCAUGUUGGGAUGUGUGUGCCAGUUAGUGAGGAUUGGGAGUCAGAUCUAACAGAGGUAGUUUCCCACCCACCUCUGAUGAAGGAUGCUAGAGAGCCAUGUAAACCCAUGCAGAGACCAGGUAGUGCUGUGUCCUCCAGAAAAAUCCCAGCCAAUCCCAAACUUCACAAUACAUCAACAGAGCAGAGUCUUGAAAGUCCAGACGAUAACGCUACCGAGAAAACCACAUGGCUUCUUUCUGGGGAGUCUGUGUCAGAACCAAUAUGGGAAGACACUCAAGAUGAAGUUGUUUCUGGAGAAGGUGAGGAGAUGAACAGAAAGGAUAAUGGACUGUCCAGAUUUGGACAUUUGUUCAGCAGUUCCAAUAUGGAGGAGAACAUUGUAAACCAAAGUGAACCGACUGCAUUGUCAAGGGACACAAGUGGUCUUUAUUGCCCAAAGGAGAAUGGUUCAGCCGGGGAAAGAUUCAAAGAUGUCCAAAAGAGCCCACCAAAGAGGCACCUGUCAGGUUGUGGAGACACAGAAGAUAGCAACAAGUCUCUAAAGGCAGAGGAAAGAUGUACCUUCUCAGGAAAGCCCUCUACUGUCUUCCCCUUUGGUGCAAGACAGCCAGAAGGAUACUCUCAACUCAGGAAUAAAGCAGAUCAACCACCAGUCAGUGCACCUCCGGGUUUUCCAGCUCCUUCAAUUACUCCAGGAGUGCACGUCAAGGCCCCCUCUGGGUUUCAUGAGCCUGAGAUUGGUCCCUUGAGGAACCCAUCUCCUCCCCCAUCAGACAGUGUGGGUAUAAGCAACCCUAGGCCUCCUCUAAUGACACCGCUUCCAGUGGCUGUUCCACCGCCUGGUGUGCUGCCAGGUAUUCCACCCACCUUGUUCCCGCCCUACCCUGGUUACCCAACAUUCCCAGCUUACCCCUUCCCUGGCAUGUUCCCCUACCUCCCCAUGCCAGCCAUGCAGUCCCCAGUGUACAUGUACUCCCUCCAACAAGUGCAGCAUGGGAUGGGCAAGUUGUCCAGCAGUCACAGCAGUGAAGAGUCUGGUGGAGAAGGAAAUGGAUACAACAGUAACAGACAAAAGAUGACAAGUUACUCAGGAAACACUGUUGACCCGACACAGGCAGGUCCUGUUCAGGCAGCUAGCACAGCAGCAUCCUCAGGGAUUCCCACUGCAGCUAACUCAUCUACAGUACACACCACACCUCAUAUGCCGUCCCCAGCUGUUCAUCCUAUCUGUAAGAACACAAACGGCAGUGAGGAUUUGCAGGUAACACAGCAACUUGCCAAUCCCAGGAGUAAUGAUGGUGCAACAGCAAAAAAUAAGGAAACCUUUGACAGAAGUGUGUCCGACAGGAUACAGUCCUUUGAUGGUGAGAAAGAUCCUGUUCCACACAGAGUAACCGAGAGGACGACCGGGCAUUCAAGAUGGGUGGGAAGUCGACCCUCGUCUGUUCGCCAUGUCAGAGGCAGAGGGGAAGCUGUUGGUGGAAGAUUGGAGACCAGUGGUGCUGCAUUGGAAGGAGACUCCAAGAGAGAACCUGCAAAGACCGGUGGUCUUUACAACAAAAUGAGGUCUUUCAAGAGAGCACCUGUGGCACCAAGAUUUCAACAGUUGCAAGAUCAGCAGCAGCGGCAAAGGGGUGGACAACAUUGAAGAUCAGGACCUGAUUUUAUGACUUAGGCUUCUGUAAGGAUUCUAGCUAAGACAGUUAUAGACAUGCAAGCUACAUGAAGAAGUAUGACCAAGCAUAGCUUUAUAGAUUUGUGAUAGUCUUUUAAUGGGAACAGAUAUGUUACUAACUGAUCCACUAUUUCUGACUUUAUUUGUCAACAAAGCUCAACUUGAUGUUUCCUUUUAUGGAAACAGAAGAACCUAAAAUGCCAGGACCACAGGACUACUAUUACUUGUAACUACUUCUUUGCUGAAGAAAGAAAGAAGAGCAGUUUGGUUAAUCUCCUAUGGAGGGCUUAUCCAUGCACCUUUUGUGAAGGUUCAAGCCUUAAUCAGUCAGCAAGGGCUAAGUACAUUUAAUAUUAGAACUUAGUGUGGUUUGACUCAGUUAUUACUAAUGUGUAGUUUUAGUACUUAACAUUUAGUUCCUAUUAUUUACAGAAUAGUUUUGGUUAAAGAUUGUUAUUUUGUUCAAUAGCGAUUUCAGUAAAUGCUCCCACAAGAACUGCUCAUCUGCUGCAGUCAAGCUUACAUAGUGCCCAGAUUGUUGUGGCCUUAUCUUUGACUGGUCUGUGAACCUGAGUUUCACAUCCAGUAUGCUGUAUCUCUCUGUGCUAAACAAUUUUUAGGUCGAUGAGUGUGGUACACAUGGACGCAUUGUGACAGGGCUGAAAAGAAAUGCAAAUGAACAACUGUUUUGAUACAAACUGUCAUCUACUAGUAAGGGGUAACAGGGUCGGUCCCAGGUGGUUUGAUGUGUUUUGUGUGGAAAGAUGGGUCUAUGUAGGAGAUAUGUCCUCAUAUAUCUAUGAGAAAACAUUUUGACCAAUAAAACAAACUUUGAAAAUGAG